GCGUUUGGCUUGGCUAUUUGGCAUUGGCGCUUGGCUUGUUGAUAACUUGAUUCCUGUGUAUAAUAAAAAUAUAUAGCCUUUUAUUUGAUUUUUUUCAAUGUAGAGUUUUUUAACAUUUUAAUAACUACCAUAAAUUAAAAAGGAUAUAAUUUAUUUACAGGGAUGGAGGAAGCUAUUGAGUCGCUCUCUGAGAGCACUUUGCAAGCUGGAGUUGAUUUAAACUUCCAGGCUAAUCAAGAACCGGUACAACCGAUGGAAACGAAUCAAGCUCCUACAGGACAACCUGGCACACUAGGACCAAGUGGUAAACACGAAGAGUUUUCUGUUGAAAAAGUCUUGGACCGGCGUGUGAAGAACGGAAAAGUUGAAUACUUACUUAAGUGGAAGGGAUAUUCUCAUGAGGAUGACACCUGGGAGCCUGAGGACAACCUCGACUGUCCAGAGCUUAUAUCAGCAUAUGAAGAAGCUCGCCUUAAGCGGGAACGUGAAGCUGUAGAGGCUGAAGCAGCAACAGCCGAAACUGCUGCUGCAGUGGAAGUUGCGGCAGCCGCUGCGGCUGCUGCGGCAGCUGCUGCCGCGACAGCUGCUGCCGCGACAGCUGCUGCCGCGACAGCUGCUGCCGUGACUCCCACUGCCGUAACUCCUACGCCUCCGUCAGAAACCGUGGAAGAAACAUAUAACACUAGGAAACGCGGCCGUCGAGGUGCCGAAAAGAAGAAAAAGAUUGAAGAAAUUGAAAAACCCAGAGGUUUGGCUCGUGGUUUGCAACCAGAGAAGAUUCUUGCUGCACAGUUAUUCCAUGGAGUCCUCUAUUUUCUUGUUAAAUGGGAAGACUGCCUAGAGUUUGACGUAGUGCCAGGCCACGAGUUCGGUGAAGCGUAUCCCGACUUCAUGAUCGCCUACUACGAGCGCUGCGCGCCCUUCAGCGUCAGGCACAAGGUGGCCAAGGUGCCCAGGAUGGCUCCCGAGCUGCCGCCGAGCCCCCAGCCAGCCCCGCAGACCACCGAUCAGACAAACGAGUCAAUGGAUACCUCCGCACGCAAUCUAAAGCCCUCUCUUUCUGCGGCGGGUUCUGAAGACUCUGCUGCUAUGGACGUCGCCCCUCCCGUCCAGAUGCCUGAAGAAACUGCUCCAAGUAUUGAAGUCAACUAAUUUGUCAUUCAAGCUAUGCAUAAUUGCAUGUCUCAAUAAUGAAUGAUACAAGUCUUAGUGGGUUAUAAUAGGUGUACUUCAGUUAUGGUACCUACGUCCAGUUAUUUUUUAUUAUUUUAACUACCUAUUUCCAAAUCAAACUCCAAAAAAGCAUGACAAAGUUGGCCUGUAAUUUUCUCUUAUACUUAUAUACUAUAUAAAUAAUAUUUUCUCAAUGAACAAUUUUUACCAACCCCAUUUAGCGAUCAAAAAUGCGUGGUUCAUUAAACGCUAUCAGUUCCCUCUGACCCACUGUGGCAGAGGUUUUAGUUUUGUAAAUAUAUAGUUGUUUUACAAUGUACAUAUUUAUUUUUUAUGAAAUAUUUUACUCAGCCGUGGCAGCAUGGUUGCAUUUUUAUCGCCUGUCACUUUCGCAGUUACAUACUUGUUAGAAUGUGACAGACAUGUUGACAAGCGACAAAAAUGCGAACGUGCUACCGCCGCAGCACGAUAUUAUUUCUAUCCCACCGCGCGCAUAAAUCGCGUUACGCGAGAGUAAGGUGCACAAUUUAACCCUUUUCCAGGCCCCACCAAUCUAUCUACAAGGUUUUCCCAAAAAAUCCAAAUAUAUUACAAUUAUUCCAGCUUUGACGAUUCAUUUGAAGACAAGUCACAUUUCCAGAAACUGCAAUCUAAUAUGAAACUUAAAUCGCAAUGCUAAAGUUGAAAUUGUCAUGGCGCGUAUGUGGUCGAUAAAUCGUACUAUGCCUGGAAAAGGGUUAAUAGAUUUCGGUGUAACAUGUGGUUGUCAAUGCGUGGUAGUGGCAGUUCUCGAGCUUUUGUGACUUUUUACGUAGUAAAAUAUUUUAAUGUGUCAAUAAAUCCGAAUGAAAUAAAACUAUUUUAGUAUA